AUGGAGGCUAUUUGGAUACAAUGCGUUACGUUGCUUUGUUUAUCAGGCUUGUUAAACGGACAGACUAUCUACUCAGUUUCGGAAGAGGUGGACAAAGGUACCUUUGUUGGAAAUAUCGCCAAGGAUCUAAAUGUUAAUGUGCAGGAUCUGGAAUCGCGGAGUCUUCAGAUUGUAACCGGAUCUACAAAGAAAUACUUCGAGGUAAAUUUAAGAACUGGCAUCUUGUAUGUUAACGAACGAAUCGACAGAGAGGCCCUGUGUCCGAAUUCAGUAAAAUGCUCCGUGAAUGUGGAGGCUAUUUUAAGCAACCCUAUGCAAUUAUAUCGUGUUGAGGUGAACAUCUUAGACAUAAAUGACAAUCCACCAUCUUUUAUUGAGCGCAAUCAUGUGUUUAAUAUAACUGAAUACGCUUUCACUGGAGAAAAAUUUCCAUUGCCGGUAGCCAAUGAUCCUGAUGUGGGCAGUAACUCGGUGAAAACGUACAAGCUGAGUCCGAAUGAACACUUUACUUUAGAUGUACAGAGCGGGGGAGAGCAUAGUGUAUCUGCUGAGUUAGUACUACAAAAGGCAUUAGACCGGGAGAAACAAUCUGUUAUUCCCCUCCUACUAACUGCAUUUGAUGGUGGGAAACCUCCCAGAUCCGGGACCUUGCAUAUAACGAUCAAUGUGAUGGACGUAAACGAUAACUCGCCGAUAUUCAGCAAAUCUCUAUAUAAAGUCAGCGCGUUCGAAAAUAUUCCAAAUGGGACAAAAAUAAUUAAGUUGAAUGCUACCGAUUUAGAUGAAGGUGUCAAUGGAAAGAUUGUGUAUUCAUUGAUCCUGCAUGGAAAUGUAAACCCAUUUGACUUCUUUAGUAUUGAUAUACAAACGGGGGAAAUUAUUACGAAGGGAAAUUUGGAUUAUGAGGAAAGUACGGUUUUUGAGAUUCGGGCUCAUGCACAAGACAAAGGAGUACCGCCCCGUAGUAGUCUUUGCAAAGUUUUAGUGGAAGUUGUUGAUGUAAACGACAACACUCCAGUCAUUUCUGUGACAUCGCUAAUGAGCCCAAUUAAAGAACAUGCCGAGGAUGGCACCGUGGUUGCUUUGCUCACAGUUGUAGAUAAAGACAGUGGGAAAAAUGGUCUUAUAAAAUGCAAAAUUCUCGACUCAAAAGCUUUUAACUUGAAAUCUACUUACAAAAAUUAUUAUUCACUAGUUGUUGCUGGACCGUUGGACAGGGAAAGUGCUUCUGAAUACAACGUCACCAUCAUAGCUACAGAUGAGGGACCCCCGCCUCUCUCCAGCACCAGCGUCAUUACUGUGCACGUUUCUGAUGUGAACGAC